AUGGAGAACUACUUCAAUAAAAAUCACAUACUGUACACUGAUAACUAUUACACAUCUCCAGCCCUGAGCCACUACCUCCUAGAGCAGAAGACCGGAUCCUGCGGCACCGUUCAUGCCAAUCGCAAGCAAUGGCCAGCAUUCCCUGCCAGGACCAAGAAGGGUGACAUCAUCAGGAAGAAGUCUGGGAAGAUGCUGGCGCUGCUCUGGCACAAUAAACGUAAGGUCAACAUGCUCACAACGGCUCACCAGGGCACCAUGGUAGACUCUGGCAAGAAAGAACGUGGCACAGGUAGGGUGGUGUACAAGCCUGAUGCCGUGGUGGAUUACAAUGUUAACAUGAGGCUUGUCGAUAAGUCAGAUAUGAUGGUGGCCGAGAUAGACUGCCUCAAAAAGUGUUGUAAAUGGUAUAAAAAAGCUAUCCUUCACCUCCUCGACAUGACUGUCUUGAAUGCACAUAUACUCUACCAACAUCUGAGCAAGACAAAGCCAUCACUGCGGGGGUUUGAAAAGGAGCUAGUGAAGCAGAUCCUGGAGCAUUAUGGCGCCGUUCAGGCCACAUGCUCACGCAGACAUGUUCCUGAGCGUCACAUCGACAGGCUGAAGGUCUGGGAGUGGAUGUCACGUCACAAACUGGCACUCCUUCCACCCCAGCCUUCAGGCCGUAAGGGGUCCAGGCGCUGUCAUGUCUGUUUUAACACAACACAAAAGGAACCAGCACGUAAGGAGACCCAGUACUGGUGCCUUGAAUGUAGAGUGCCCCUGUGUCCUGGGUGCUAUUCAGAUUACCAUUCCCAGCAGAACUUCUGA